AAUCAUGGUUCUCUUUCUCUCUCUAUAAAUACACAAGGGCCCUCCUCCAUUCUCUCUCAUACACAAACUUCUCAACCUCAUUUCUUCUCCAAAUACCAAAGCAAACCGAUAUAUAAUAUCUCAUCUUCUCCUCACCAAAAAAAUCUAAAGCAUGGAUUCUUCAACCAAAUUGGCAUUCAUCCUUUUCUUGGCUUCCUCUCUCCUCCUCCAAGGAACUCUGGGUGAGGUUAUAUGUGAGGACUUGCCAACAGACAUCUGUUCAUUUUCCAUCGCAUCAUCCGGAAAAAGAUGUUUGUUGGAAAACUACGCGGCGAAGGACGGAAAGGUGGAAUACCAAUGCAGGACGUCGGAGGUGGUGGUGGAGAGGAUGGCCGAAUACAUUGAGACCGACGAGUGCGUGAGUGCGUGUGGGGUCGAUCGGAACUCGGUCGGUAUCUCAUCGGAUUCCUUGCUUGAGCCACAAUCCACCGCCAAGCUUUGCUCCCCAUGUUGUUACCAAAAUUGCCCCAACAUUGUUGAUCUCUACUUCAACUUGGCCGCCGGAGAAGGAGUAUUUUUGCCGGAUCUAUGUGCGAAGCAGAGAACCAAUCCCCGCCGCGCAAUGGUUGAACUUUUGAGCUCAGGGGUUGCUCCUGGUCCUAUUUCCAUUGAAUCAGACCACCACGCUCAUGUCCCUGCUCCUUCCCCUGCUUUUGUCCCUGCUCCUUCCCCUGCUUUCUUCUAAAUUUACAAGAGCAAUGCAACCGAUAUAGACGCCCGUGUACAGAUUCAAAUGUAUUCGAAAUGGUCUGGUACAUGCGGGUUGCAGCGAUGAAUAUGAGCGUCACACACAACGGACAAUUUUCAGAUACACCUAUGCCUAGAUCUGUUAACGGACGUAUGUGUCCAUAGCAUUCUUGAAAUGUAUUUGUCAUAUUUCUGAGAGAAACAUGGUUAUUUUUAAGACGGGGAGAUCGAGAAACAUUGGAUUUGAUUUCAUUAUUUGAAUCAUGCGUAUCGACA